UGGCUCUGAAAAUGAUGGCAGCAAGCCUUUCCCCUCCUUUUUUCGGAACAUAACAAGUUCCGGUCGCGUAAGCUUUGCUUCCGGGUGAUGCUCUUCCUGUGUUCGUUCCCCCCCCCGCCCCCGAGUAGUUUUGUCAAACUUAGAUUUUGGAAAGAAAAAAAUCUGUUGCUGUUUUGAUGAGCGAGGAAUUAAGAGAGGAUUGAAAAUUAGAUGAGCCAUGAAUUCAGAUGACUAUAUGUCUUGGAGUGGAUGUCAUUUGUCUCCUCAUCUCCAUAGUGAAGAAUGCAACAUGGUCAUUCGUCUUCUCAAGGAGUGCCACAAAGAGCACUCUCUCUUGAGAUUUUUUGGUCAUUGCAAUCACCUCGAUAGAGAAAUGAGGCGAUGCUUAAAGAAAGAGUACCAAGACAACAGAGCCAAGAGCCGAGUGCAUUCAGAAAAUUUGAGAGAGAAGUUGCAGAAGAGUCCAGAACACUAAAGACUCUCUUGAACUGACUGAUGCACCUCAUGGAGGAGAGCUAAAGGAGUGUGCGGAUGCCUCAUGCCUUCUGGGUGCGUGAAUAAAGGAAGCAAUGGAAUCCAGAGCAGUUGCCGUGAAAGACACGUGUGGUUGGCAAGUGGUAGAUCUUAAUGCACUUCAAUUAUUUGGUGUACAGUAGGAGAGGGCAAAGUGUGGCUGUUUGUGGUUCCCAACUCUUCAGCCUCUCAAAUCUCCAAUAAACUGUUUAAUAUUUUUAAAAUAAAUUAUUUUCAAAAUCAGAAAAGAAGGUAUGACCAGUGCUGGUGUUUUUUGUUUUGUUUUUUGUCUUGCCAUUUUUGUGGUCUCAGAAAUAAAGAAUUAGCCUCUCAGUCUA